AUGCUUCGCUCCCAGGUCGCGAAAAAGACAGCUCUCGGUCGUGCGGCAAAGAAGAUCAUGGACGAGGGUGGUUUGGUCAGUGAUGAGAUCAUGGUUGGUAUGAUCAAGAACGAACUUGACAACAAUACUGAAUGCAAGAAUGGUUUCAUUCUUGAUGGCUUCCCUCGCACUGUUCCUCAAGCAGAUCGUCUGGAUUCUAUGCUUGCCAACCGUGGCGAGAAGCUGGAUCAUGUGGUCCAGCUCGAGAUUGACGAUGCCCUCCUGGUUGCUCGCAUCACUGGACGUCUUGUUCACCCCGCUUCUGGGCGCUCCUAUCAUAGAAUCUUCAAUCCUCCGAAGGAGUCUAUGAAGGACGAUAUCACUGGCGAGCCCUUAAUUCAACGGUCUGACGACAACGCCGAAACUCUCAAGAAGCGUCUUGUCACCUAUCACCAACAGACUAAGCCUGUCGUCGAAUACUACAAGGGGAAGAACAUAUGGAAGGGUAUCGACGCUUCGCAGGAGCCCGGUGUUGUCUGGAGACAACUCUUAGGCAUCUUUGGAGAGAAGAAACAGUUUCCGGUUUCUACUGCUGGAAGCAAAAUUCUCGAGAAGGUUGGAAUUUCAAAAUAGAUUCUAGGAUAGCGUUGCUUGUUUCUUUGACUUUAUUACAUGGGAUGUGUUUUUCUGCGUAUUGCCUACUUUCUGUGGGGGGCUUUUUUUUUUUUUUUUUUUUUGUUGUAUCAGUAGAGACAGCUUUACCGGGGGUGCUUGGGCUUGGUAGGAAAAGGGUGGCGAGUGAUCGGAAAUGCAUGUCUGUAAAUGGAAAGUGAGAAACACUUGCUUGCGGUGGUAGCUGGGGCAAAGAAGGGUUCGAGCGAAGAAGGUGGAAGGAACAAGAAAGCAUAUUGUGCUGGGGGGUUGAAGUUUGCCCACAGCUCAGGGGUGUGGACAUCGGAAAUUUUUUGGAGAAAAAAAAAGCCCACCUGGGCAUCAGAAAGUUAGGCUUCGCGUCCCUGGUUCCGGUGAUGGCGUACAGUAAUCUGCACCAGGAACGGCUGGGGAAAAAAAAAAAAAGGUGCGGGUCACAUACCGGUACCAGUAUGGGUGCCCGAGGGUUCGGCGAACUCCAUCAGCAGUAAUUUAGUAUUCUAAUGCCGAGACCGGUGAAGGAUAAAGGAUCCAAAA